ACAGCUUCGCUUCCCUGCAUGCGAGCUCUUUUUCAUUAGACAGCUUCACUAAACAACAGACAAAAUUACAUGCAUCCCUUCCAACAUCCGAUCACAUUUUGGGCGUUAAAUAGGAGUGUGAGCAAUAGAUAAACCAGUAAAAAAAAUGCAGACCUCUCUCGCUUCCCCAGUGUCGCAGUGAUGGUGGACUAUGGGCAUUUCCACGAAUGCAGCUCUGCUCUGGCACUUGGAGCGGCGUGACCACCGCACGUCCCACUGACUCACGGGUCUGAGCAGAUGUCUGGUCCAGAACCGAUAUCGGGCCACCUCCUCUGCAAACACAAAUGGCUGGUCGUGUCGCGGGAAUCUGGCGAGAUUUGCACAGAUUGAGCUGCAGAAUUUUGCGCUCCGGAGAGAGGAGAAUAGGAUGCUUUUGCACACACGCGUCUGGAGGAAUGCGGAGCACUAAACUCUCAUCUUUAGCAAUAUUUCUACUUUUAUUACACAGCACACAGGCUUCUGACGAUGACUUGAGUCGUGAAGCCUCUGGAUCAUUUCUGGAUGUGGCCACUUCACCCUCCUCAAACCAUUUGUUGGGUGGCUUCCUUAUGACAGACAGGAAUCCUGCCUCCAUAAUCCAAUCAGAUUCAACAGGAUUGUCAAAGGGAACCAGAGAACAACCAGCAUUUUCCUCCAUACUUGCAUUACUUGCUAGCACAGCCCAAAAGCCUCCCGAACACCCAUUGAAAAUUGUUGUGCGUGACAACAAAACAAACCAAUGGCUUUCAAACGGGUCUUUGGAGAGAGUGGAGUCUUCAUUCACUCCAUUUUCUGUGCUGGUCAGCAAUCAAUCCUCCGGCUCAGUGUGGAUAUCUGAGCUGGUGGAACCUGUGGCCACAUCCAUAGUUGCAGACCCUCACCAUAAAGCCAGUGAUUCUAGCAGAUACCCAUCUGAGCAGGAAAACACAGCUCCACCCAGUAGACCUUCAGCUACAGCUGUGGACACACAACAAGAACGGCCAGACAUUACAACUACUAUCAUAUCGAAACCUACUACAUUUACCAGCAAUACUGUUACCACAACCAGCAUCCCUUUUACGACAACCACAGAUCAGAUUAGCACUACCAAGUCAUCGGCUGCUAAACGACACCCUAAAACACCUAGGACCACAAUUAGAACAACAACUAUUCUCCCAGAAUCUCCAAAGACAACACCUAGAUUCCCAUCUGCUUCCACCUCAAAGAGUGCUAAAUUGGACCCUUCAAAAAGCACUUUAGGUCCUCCAAGAGCUGCUGCUACUGAGGGCACACUUCUGGGAUGUAACAUCACGGACAAGAUGUGGAUAAAAACAGUGUUGUCCGUACAGUUACGAAGGAGUCGUCUAGACAGUAUUUUGAAGCAGAAUCUCCCUCGAGGGUUUACUCAAGCUCUGAAGAAGGCCUUGAACGACAGCACGGUUCAGGCUAAGAUUGAGAGCAUCUCCAGUGUGCCUAACGUGACGGUUGGUUACUAUGUGACCCAUGGAGAGAUGGUGUACACUGCCUCAGUGGUGGUGGAAGCUCUUAGCAUCUAUGGUAUGGAGAGAUUGAUGGCAGACAUUCGGCAGUUUGUGCCGCUGGUGCAGGCGAUUCCCAUCCCAGCAGUCCCCUGGAGACCCAGCCCUGCCAUCUCAUUGAUGCUGAAGACAGUUCUGAGGUUUGUAGGACCAGGAUAUGACCUCAGGUCCUGCAGAUUUACUCAGAUGAUGGAGCAGAGACUGGAGAAUGCUUUUGCUGAAGCCGAGGCCAUAGUGAUGAACUCUCAUAGCAGCCUCACUGUACAGAUCUUGAGCACAUCUCAGUCUUUGGGUACUCCUGCUGUAUCUCUGAUAUAUGUGGUACAUAAUGGCAGUGUCUCUCUCAAUGGCACAACAGCCAGUAACCUCCUCAGCCACCUGACCGCUGAGCUUGUCGGCUACUUCCUGUUUUACCCUCCACUGAUUACUGCUGAGCCUCUGGAAUACCAUAACCUCAACACAUCGGUAGCAACCAGGCCAUUUUGGAUUAUCACAGUGAUUCAGGAUGUGGAAAACUCCUCUCUGGAAGGACAGUACCAGAGCUUUGCCAGUCUGAUGGAGGAGCGGUUGGCUGAGCUCUUCAUGGUGGCGCAUCAGCAAGGUGUUCGCUUCAAAAGGGCAGCAACGGUGGGCAGUUACACUGUCCAGAUGGUUAGUAUCAGGCGUGUGCAUGGGCCAAAAAACCCAGCUGAGAUGACCUACUAUGCCCAGCAAAACGAGACCCCACUGCCUGGCACAUCUGGAGCUAAGCUUCUGAACACAGUGGACUCGCAGACCAUGGCGCUCACGCUGGGAUACUUUGUCCAACAGCAGGCUGAAGCCGUGGUGAAGAAUCCACCCAACAACCUUUGGAUCAUUGCUGCGGUGCUUGCACCCAUCGGUGUGGUGACCCUCAUCAUCAUUAUCAUCACCACGGUGCUCUGUCAUAAAAACAAGAGCGAUUUCAAAAGCGAUCCAAUCGGCAACUUCAACCCUAGAGUCAAGACUGCUUACUGGAGAGACGUGGGUUAUUACCCUCAGCCUGUCCAGGGGUUUGACUAUGCCAAGCAACACCUGGGUCAUCAGGGUGGUGAUGAGGAGACCCUCCCGGUUACUCAGGAGACUAUGGUUCUGCCCCAUCCCAUUCGAGAUGCCCCUCUGUCAUUAGAUAAGCCCGCACGCCAUGAUGGAUCAACUUCCAAGAAGAGCCUGGCCAGUGAGAUGAGGAAAAGUAGGUUGCCGAGUGAGGACGGUUCCGUCAUCAGCAGCGAAUCGGUGAAGGAGGUCUCGGGAAAGGGCUUGAGUGUGCAAAAAGCCACAGCGCAGCAGAAACUCACAAAGGAAGAUACGAAAAGGAGUAAUGAUCAGUAUGAUAGUUCUUCAGGAUCACUUCAGCUCAUUUCCAUAAAACCAAUGGCAGCUCCACCCACCUACUCGCACCCCGCAUCCUCCGACCGCAGUCAGGACUCUGCCAUAUUAAAUGGAGAGGUGAAUUUGGCUCUGAAACAGAAGUCAGACAUUGAGCACUACAGGAAUAAGCUAAGACUGAAGGCUAAGAGGAAGGGAUAUUAUGACUUCCCUUCAGCUGAGGGGAAAGGCAGCACUAAAGACCUGAGUCAGCGACACAGGUACAGCCACGACAGGCCUCCACACCCUCACAGCAGAGCUCUGGAACAGGAGGACGACAGAGGCUCCACGUUUGUGAAGUAUCGCAGGAGGCCCUCUCAGGUGAGUCACCCCACACAUCGCAGCAGACAGUCUCUAAACAGUCCCAGUCCUGGAGGAACAGAGAUGGAUCUUCUGGUCAUGAGAGAGAGACCCAGAAAGGGGAUCCGUAACAGUGGCUAUGAUACUGAGCCGGAGAUUAUUGAAGAGACUGACGUCGACCGUCUAGCGGGCCGCCAUUAUUUUGGCUGUGGUCGACAAAUCAAAGGUCAAUCUGAGACAUCAACGCUGAGCUCUCAGCCUUCCAUAGAUGAGGUUCGUCAGCAGAUGCAUCUCCUGCUAGAGGAAGCCUUUAGUCUAGCUUCAGCUGGCCACUCCACCUCCAGCAGACACCACCACUAUCACUCCCACCAUCAACAUCAGCCGCUGGGGUCCUAUGACCUGGGUCCAGUCAUCCCAUACUCAGAGGUGGUGACCAGUGCGCCAGUCACCAAGAGUCAAGGGCAGGGAGGCCUGCAGUGGGUGCCAGCCUAUAAACCAGACCCUUACCAGUACAGUCUGGCCAAACAGGCAUUCAGGUUCACUCAGCUUCCUGACAUGGCUCUUGGGUCUCCUCCACCCCCCGUCCCACCAAGAACAGGCCCUCCACCUGAGUCCUCACUACGACGGUCAUCUUCUGAUCUUGGUCCAAAGGGUCAUUGCUCUGAAUUGUCAAUGCAGAGUCAGCAUGGAAGUGCCCCCUACAUGGAAAACAGCAGACUCCCUCCUGUCACUACUGAGCCCAUUACCAACCACUCAGGAAAUCCUAUGACAGCAGUGUACGCCAUCCCAGCCACUCGUCCAGGAUGCACAGGAUAUUUCAUCUCUACACCACCCUCCUCCUAUCACAGCCCAUCCUGGAUGUCUUACCCGCCCGAACCCGAGGACGUGCCUCCUCAGUGGGCAGAAUCUAUGCCCUUACCAGGCUACGCAGAGGCCUUUCCUCACCCUCACUAUCCUCAGGGCAGCCCUCUCCUGUUGCACCACCGCCAGGCCAUUCAGGGUGGUCCAGACCAUCCACCCUCUUCCUCCAUCGCAGCGUCCCAGCAGAGUCUAGCAGAGCCUGGAGAUCCGAUCACCAGCGUCCCUCUCAGCAGCCUUUCCACUUCAACCUUGGUCAAAGCCAUCCGUGAUGAGGUGGCCAAACUGGCCAAGAAACAAGCAGACAUUUUUGAGUUCCAGGUGUAGAAAUUCCAAUGGAUUCAUUGACCAGCUGCAUUGAUAGAUUUAUAACUUCUGUAAAGAUUAGACUUCUAAUUUCAAUGGACUUAAUCAUAUUCACUGGAUAUUUUUUUUUCCUUCAAUGAAACACCUGUCUGUUUUCAUGACACGUUUUGUGUGUUUCUCUUUGUCAU